CCACCCCACAGUCUGCCUUGAUGGGGAAGUGCCGUCGGCCCCGCACAGCCUUCACCAGCCAGCAGCUCCUGGAGCUGGAGAACCAGUUCAAGCUCAACAAGUACCUGUCCAGACCCAAGCGCUUUGAGGUGGCCACAUCGCUAAUGCUCACCGAGACACAGGUGAAGAUCUGGUUCCAGAACCGCCGCAUGAAGUGGAAGCGGAGCCGCAAAGCCAAGGAGCAGGGGGCUCAGGUGGAGGCUGAGAAGCACCGAGGGCUCAGCAAAGCCUGCGAGAAGCUGCUGCCCAGUGAGCCCCAGGGACAAGCUGCCGAAAGCCCUGAGUUCAUGGGGUGCAGCCCCGGCUCGGGCUUCCUGCACCGCAGCACUGCCGAGCUGGGCUAUGGUCCGGACUCCUCCUGCUUGGGGGGUGAGGAGGAAGAAGAAGAGGAGGAGGAUGAGAUGGGUGCCAUGGAGAGGAAGAUCAGCUCUGUGUUGUGA